ACACCUGGCACUUUGCAUCUGGCAAUAAUUAAUGAAAAAAAAAACCACACAAAUUGAAAUCAAAUUAAAAUUCAUUAAAAGCUUGGAUGUAGUUUAUGUUUUGCAAAUGUUAAUCAGUUUAUAAAAGUACUACGAUCAAGUCAAUGAUUCGGACAUUUGUUUAUUAACGCUUUGAUUUAGUUAUUACGUUUCAAAUAAACAGCGAAAUGGCAAAAGAGAAAGUUGGAUCAUCACAAAGGUUAAUUACAAAAUUAUAUUUGCUGCUGUAUAAUGGAGGACAAGUUGUAGGGUGGUCAUUUAUGUUAUUCCAACUGAUGACGUAUUAUGUUGUCGGAGUUCCAGGUCAAAGUUUAUGGGAUUAUAUUGGCUGGACAGUUAUAAUAUUUCAAAAUGCUGCUGUAUUAGAAAUUUUUAAUGCAGCUCUUGGUUUGGUUAAAAGUAAUCCCAUACUGACUACAUUUCAAGUUUUUAGUCGUGUUAUGGUAGUCUGCGGAGUUGUGAUGGCUACCCCUGAAGCCAAAAAUUCACCUGGGCUUCCACUUGCUCUGUUAGCGUGGUCAAUUACAGAAAUUAUUCGUUACGGAUAUUAUGCUUUAAAUAUCUUAAACAUAAUACCACAAAUUUUAAUAUUUUUAAGAUAUACAACAUUUAUAGCUUUGUAUCCAAUUGGUGUUACAGGAGAGCUUUUAUGUUUUUAUUGGGCUCAAAAUUACGCCAAACAUCAUAAAAUUUGGAGUAUCGAUAUGCCCAAUAAAUACAACGCUACAUUUUCUUAUUUUCACUUACUAUGGAUUAUAAUGCUUUCUUACGUUCCAAUAUUUCCACAACUUUAUUUGCAUAUGUUUGCCCAAAGAAAAAAAUUUUUGGGUAAAUCAAUUACAAAAGCAAAGUAAAUUAAAUGGCGCUAAAGGUAGGUAUUUUUAAUAUAGCUUAGGACUAGAUUCAAUUAAGGAAAUGGUAUAAAAUUUACUAGUUUGCAUUUUUAUAUAAAAAUUGUUUGAGAAAGUCUAUUUUUUAUUUAUUUAAAGAUUUUGAUGUUGUUAUUAUAAAUUUUAAGAAUACAUGAAUUUUUAAAACUAAUGAAAAAAAGAAAUAAAUUGGGUUUGAGCGGAA